CUUUUCAGUUUUACGCUUGUUUUUAUGUAAAUUUCCUCAAAAAUGACGGAGUUGUCUUUAAGAACAGGUAGCUUGUGCCGCUGCUGCCACGCUAAAGGAGAUUUCAGGAGCCUAUCCAUUCCGUACAUUCACCUUCGCAAGCCCGAAACAUAUUCGCAUUUGUUGAAGGAAUGUUUCGAUAUUUUUAUAUCACCACCCACGGCUACCCCGGCACAGUUGUACUCAAUAUGUGACACCUGUGUAACAAGUCUGCAGCAUGCGUGGCGGUUCAAACAACAGGUGCUGGAGUGCGAGAACAAGUUCUUGCAAUAUUACAGGAACGGAGGCAAAGAGAUGAUGAUGAAAGCUGAAUACACUAUUGAUGUAAAACGAGAGUUAUCUGAUGAUAACAGUUGCAGGGGUGAAUCGGAUAAUGAAUUCAGUGAUGAAGACGAGCCAAAUCAUGUUCAAGUAGAGAUAUUGCUUUCUGAGCCAUCACCAAAGCAGGGAGAGACUUCUACUGUGAGAGAGAACACUUGCAGAAAGAGAAAAAAGAUGGAAGAGAAUGAUGGAGAGGACAGCCUUAGUGAUGAUGAACCACUGACAACGCAGCGAUCGUCGAAAACCCAAAAGUUUUCGUGCAAUAUUUGUCACAAACAAUUUAACUACCAAAUCGCCUUAGAUACUCACAAGAAGAGACAUUUGCUAGGACGAACCUACAAGUGUUAUAUCUGCGAGAGUAAAUUCACAACUAACAAAGGAUUGACAAGACACAUAGCGAAAAACCACGGUGAUGGCAACUCGUUCCCCUGCACUUUAUGUAAAGAUGUAUUCGACGAAGCCAUAUUACUGAAGAACCAUUUAAAUGCACACUUCAAACCAACAGUAUUCAAGUGUGAAGUCUGCGGCAAAGAAUUUAAGAGAAAACAGGGAUUGAAUGCACACAUGGAUGUGCAUACAAAGGAGAAAAGGUACAAGUGUAAAUUCUGCAAAAAAGGUUUUGGACAAAAACAGAAUUUGAUAAACCAUGAACGCACGCACACUGGUGAAAGGCCGUACGUGUGUGCUAUUUGCGGGCUUGGAUAUCCGCGGCGCCCUGAUUUGAAACGUCACAUAUUUACUAUUCACAGUGGCAUCAAGCCGCACGCUUGCACAGUUUGUGAAAAGCAAUUCUCUAGUAAAACAUACUUAUCGAUUCAUCAAAGAAUGCAUACAGCCGAGAAGCCGUAUUCUUGCGAUGUUUGUAAGAAGGCUUUUGCGGCGCUAACAACGUUGAGAGUGCACAUGCGUGUGCAUACAGGCGAAAAGCCAUACGCGUGCGCUGUCUGCGGUCGCCAGUUUUCAGUUUAUGCCAGCUUUAAACGCCAUGAGAGGUUGCACUCGGGGGAAAAGCCGUUCGCGUGUAAAAUAUGUGAAAAGACGUUUGCGGAUAACGGCUACUUAAGGCUACAUAUGCGGACACAUACAGCUGACAGACCUUACACAUGCAAUUUAUGCGAUAAACAAUUUAAGGAGCCUGGUGCGUUGAAAAAGCAUAUCCUAGUGCACACGGGAGAAAAAUUAACGUGUAAAAUUUGUAACAAGCAAAUAUCAAGGAAUUUAACAAAGCACAUGCGUGUGCAUUCGGGCGAACGACCGUAUAGUUGUAAUAUGUGCGAUAAACAAUUUGCGGCGAGUGGGAGUUUGAAGCUUCACAUGAGAACGCAUACUGGGGAGAAGCCGUAUCAGUGUGAAAUGUGCAAUAAACAGUUUAGUCAGAGCGGGACGCUCAAAAGACAUAGAUGCACAGUUUUGGAGAAAGUGGGAGAUGAUAAUGUGUAGUGUUAGAACAUACUGGGCUAACUAUAUUUUGUAAAAUGAGUGAUAAUAUAGCAUGAGUCUUAUGACUUUUUAUUGACAGAUAAAAUUGUGUAACUUAUUACGUAUGAAUAAAUUUGUUUCGUGAUAUA